AUGUAUCAGCGAAGUGUUGCAACAUGCACACGCACUUUGCAGGGCCAGCCGGAUGUAAGCCAACGCCGAGUGGUGGUGGAGACGGUGCAAGCUGGUCCCCCAGUUGGCGGUCGAGGCUGCUGCAGCCCAGUUUCAGAGCCGGCGUCUGCAGGGGCGGGGGCGGCGGUGCCGCGGUGGUGGCUGGUCGUGGCCGCCGCGCUGCUGGCGGCGCCGCAGGCGCCGGACCGCAGCCCCGCGGACGAGUGCCAGCUGACGCCGGUCAUCCACGUGCUGCAAUACCCCGGCUGCGUGCCCAAGCCCAUCCCCAGCUUCGCCUGCACCGGCCGCUGCUCCAGCUACUUGCAGGUGUCGGGGUCCAAGAUCUGGCAGAUGGAGCGGUCGUGCAUGUGCUGCCAGGAGAGCGGCGAGCGCGAGGCCAGCGUCUCACUCUUCUGCCCCAAGGCCAAGCCCGGCGAGCGCAAGUUCCGCAAGGUGUCGACCAAGGCGCCGCUGGAGUGCAUGUGCCGGCCGUGCACCGGCGUCGAGGAGUCGGCCGUCAUCCCGCAGGAGAUGGCCGGCUACCCGGACGACGGGCCGCUCGCCGCGCACUUCCGCAAGUCGCAGUAGGGCGCCGCGCCGCGCCGCGCCGCACUCCGCCCUCUCUGUACCGCUCAUUUUCCUAAUAAACUGAC